GUCGUUUGCCUGAGGGAGGUCUGUGGUUUCUCUUCGAAAAAUCUCGUUCUUUUCGGAAUUUAUAAGUGAAACUCGUGAGUUUCGGUGGUUCCUCGUUUGCGGCCGAUUCAGCGGAGCCCGAUGAUGUUGAGCUGAGGGGCUCGGUCGAGCCCGAAUUCCCGUCUCCGGUCGCCUUUGUGCUGCUGAAAUCCUUUGUCCUGCUACAGGGUUGUUAGAAAAUCAAGUCAAAAUGGCGCGUCGAAAUGUCCAAAACGCCCCCCAAGGCCAAGAGGACCUCGAAGACGAAAUCAUAGAAUGGGACCCAGCCGAAAAUAUAAACGGCGAUCGGUUCAGCUUCGAAGAUUCUGACCGAUUCGAAGAAGAUUCGAUGUGCAGUUGGAGUACCGAGCCUGAAAGUGUCUGCAACAACUGGAGAGGAUGGAAGAAACCUACGAACAAUCAAAAUGGGUAUUACGGUAGCGGUGGGAAAAGAAAUUCAGAUGAACCAACAGUGAAUGUUACAUCAUUAACAGAACUUGCAGCUAAAUGCGUGGCAUCUCACAUACCAUUCGAAUUGGUAGAACAGGUGCUUCCGCCUAUACCUGAACAACUUCAGUUGAGAAUAGCUUUUUGGAGUUUUGCUGAUAAUGAAGAAGAUAUAAGGCUCUAUUCCUGUUUGGCGAAUGGUUCAGCAGACGAAUUUCAACGAGGCGACAAUCUGUUCAGAAACCACAUGGUUAAAGAUCCGUUGCAAAUAGGUUUUCACUUAUCGGCCAGCGUACAACAGACUAGAUACAACAACACUGCAGCGCCCAUAUACAAUGUUGCUGUCACUUUUGACAGGCGUCGAAUAUCUUCUUGCAACUGCACUUGCCAGUCUCAGGCCUACUGGUGUUCUCACAUUGUGGCAGUGUGUCUUACGAGAAUCCAUUGUCCACAUUUAGUUACAUUACGAGCUCCUGUAUCAGAAUCCUUAUCCAGAUUACGCAGAGAACAACUUCAAAAAUUUGCCCAAUAUUUAAUCAGCGAAUUGCCUGAACAGAUUUUACCAACAGCUCAAAGAUUAUUAGACGAAUUACUUGGUUCGCAACCGUCAGCUAUCAAUUCAGUAAGCGGAGCCCCAGAUCCAACUGCAGGAGCGUCGGCAAUGGAUCAAACUUCAUGGUACCUUGACGAAAAAACCUUGCACGAUAACAUCAAGAAAAUUUUAAUUAAAUUCUGUGUACCUGCGCCAAUGGUUUUCAGCGACGUUAAUUAUUUGAGCACUGUAGCGCCACCAGCCGCGGCUGAAUGGUCGUCCCUAUUAAGACCUUUGAGAGGCAGAGAGCCUGAAGGGAUGUGGAACCUAUUAAGUAUUGUUAGAGAAAUGUUCAAGAGAAAUGACAGAAAUGCUGUGCCUCUAUUGGAAAUCAUUACAGAAGAAUGCAUGGCUUGCGAACAAAUAUUAAUUUGGUGGUUUAACACAAAAGUAGCCCUUCUAAGUGGGAAUACUAGCCAUGGAGGCUCAGGCGGAGGCAAGCACAACAAUAUAAACAGUAACACUCAUGCCUCACAACAUGCCGGAUCCUCGUUAUGCGACGAAGUUGUCGUUUUAUGGAGAUUGGCCGCUUUGAAUCCAGGGCUGGCGCCGUCUGAGAGGGACAUGUUGCAUAAUCAAUUCACCACAUGGCAUAUGAAAAUAUUGGAAAAAGUUUCCAAAUGUAGAAAUACUACAAACACUUCGACGUCGAACUAUUAUAAAAAUGCGAGCUUACUUAAGGCUGAUUUGGAAAUAUUUACUGGAUUUAAGACUGCUAUCGAAUCGACUUAUACGGAUUGGGACGAUUAUCCCAUGCCUGGAAUUACGUAUACUCCGGAUAUUAAUCCCAUGUAUCAUUGUCCUUUUACUUGUUUUAGACAUGGACCUGAUAGUAUUAGAGGAGAAAGUCAGGUUGCUCAAAUAAAUUCAUCCAAAGCAAUCCUAAACUGCGAACAAGUACCACUAGCCCACCACCAUACCCACCACAGACACCACCACCAUCCGUUCAGGAACCGCCAUAGAUACGAAUUCAACGUUAUGUCUAUGAAUCCUGUAGAAUACGCACCGCAACCUCACCCUUAUCCUCAACUAAACGAAAGAGAUGGCAAUAGAUCUAGCGUGAGCAGCGAAGGUUUUUGUGAAGUUGACGACGAGAUAAAUAUCUUGAGAGUCGGCUACAACGAUUCUGAUUCACAAGAAGGCGGAGGCAGUGAUUCGUCUAGCAGUAGCAGCAGCAGAGAUAGUAAUACGCCUUUAACGAGACCGCAUUGCGGCUUGGAUAAUGCUAGUGAAAAUACGGUUAUAAAGGAUGCUGAAGUUAUUGCUAGUAGUAGCACUGGAACUAGUAAAAAUUGGCCAACACCAGCUUAUGAAGUACCUCCAUCAACCACCGACACGGAAGAGGAAUCCCGUAGACAAUCUAAAGACGAAUCCAGCUCGUCAGAAUCGCCAAAUUCUGGAGACGAAUACAGCAUGUAUUUUUUCAAUGCAAAAAAAGAUAAUGUAGUUGUUGCAACAGCUGAAACAUCAACUAGCCAAGCAGUAAUCGAUCAAUCAGACAGCCAAUCAGAGGUAUUUUCUGAAACAAGAAAAUGCGAAGAUCCGUGGGAUACAUUGUUCGCCAGGGCAGAAGGUUUGCAUGCACACGGACACAGCAAGGAAGCCUGCAUACUGGGCGUGAAACUUGCAGAAGAACUUCUGGCCAAUCCACCCAAUUUAAUGGUCGAAGUGCCCCAAAUUCCCAAAAAGAAAGGCAAAAAGCUGCAGCUGAAUCCUGCCACUCAUCAAUUGAGCGUAUUGGCAUCAGCGACUUUGUCAAAGGGGGCGUUUUUAUGUUCUGUUUUGUCAGAGAAUCCUGAACAUUAUCAUCUUGCAUUCAGGGUAGGUAUGUUUGGCUUAGAAAUGGCAAGGCCUCCAGCAAGUACCAAGCCUCUAGAAGUUAAAUUAGCUAAUCAAGAGACAGAUUUAGUAAAUUUGUUAAGAAAAAUACCUUUAGGUCAUAAAGAAUUACAAAUUUUAAGAAAACGUGCUGAACAAAUCAAAGAUGGUACGUUAAGAUCCAGAGGUGAAGCAAUGUUGCCAACAAUGCUGUCAAGCUUUAUAUUUGAUGCGUUAGUUAUUCCAUCUGUGGUUGGACGAGAUAGAUCUAAAAUAAUCAGCAUGAGAUUGCCUAGCGACGAACCUCUAGCAUUUGAGGCUGCAGUUGUAGCUUUGGGGCUCAAAGCCAAUGUAUCAGAAGCUGACCAUCCUCUAUUGUGUGAAGGCACAAGAAGACAACGGGGAGAACUAGCUAUAGCACUUUUGACGUUUUAUAAAGAUGAUUGUUAUAAAAUUUGCAGAAUUAUGGAUAAAUUGCUUGACAGAGAAGUUCAUCAGCUUCUUAAAACGCCACUAAUAAGUUCAUAUUACACAAACAAUCCGCCCAUUCGGAGCCAAUAUAACCAUCCUAGACGAGAAGACUGUGAUAAUACUUUAGCCCCAAUUAGUCCAUUUAUUCCUCCAACUGAAAUUAUAUCAACUGAUUGCAAUAAUGGUAGCAGGCCUCAUAGUUCAACAAGUGCUGAAGUUGAACAAGGAAUGGGCAAUUUAUCGUUAAACGGUCAACCCAAUCAGCUAGCUCAAGGUGCUGUAUCGAGAAAUAAGGAGAGCAGAUACAAGAAACGAGCUUACCCUUCAAUUCCCAAUCAACCCUCUGAAGCAGGAGCUCAUUUUAUGUUUGAAUUAGCUAAGACUGUGCUAACAAAAGCUGGUGGUACAAGUAGUACAUCUCUCUUCACCCAACCAUCAACCACCCAAAGUCACCACGGUCCUCACAGGGCCCUACACAUGUGCGCAUUCCAACUGGGCCUUUACGCUUUGGGGCUUCACAACUGCGUCAGUCCCAAUUGGCUGAGCAGAACUUACAGCUCUCACGUGUCUUGGAUCACCGGCCAGGCAAUGGAAAUCGGCGCCGCCGCAAUUUCCUUCCUUAUCGAUACUUGGGAGGGACAUUUGACGCCGCCCGAAGCUGCCAGCAUUGCCGAUAGAGCAUCUAGAGGCUGUGAUAAUAAUAUGGUUAGUGCAGCUGCGAAUUUGGCUCUUUCCGUUCUGCCGCACUCUCACGCACUCAAUCCGAACGAAAUUCAACGAGCCAUAUUGCAAUGCAAAGAACAAAGCGAUGAUAUGCUUGAACAUGCAUGUUUGACAGUGGAAAGUGCUGCCAAAGGUGGAGGUGUUUAUCCAGAAGUACUUUUCCAGGUUGCUAAAUAUUGGUAUGAAUUGUACAUACGGAACACUCCAGGGGGUGAACAGCUUAUCGACAAUGAUAUUCCUCCUCAUGAUUCUCUCAUAGAUCCACAUGCGCAACUAGUAGCCCUUAUUGAACAACCUGUGACAGCUGAUGGUCCUCCUCCUUCUGCACCUGUAGUUGUUACCACAGCUCCUCCACCUUAUCAACAUGGUACUCCACCAGUUGGUAUGUAUGUGAGCCAUUACAAUUUUGUGCCAGCUCAUCCCAGUGCAGGGUCAGUAGGCUAUGCAGGUCCUCUUCAACCAAUAGCAGCUACAGCUCAACACGUUCACGUUCAAUAUCAGUUCCCAUAUCCGCCACCGCCGCCGCCCGGAGCUCAAACUUUACCGCCUUUCCCGCCACCCAUGGCUCCUCAAGCUUACGCAAGCUUACCGCCGCCCCCAACAACGCAACAGGUUCCGUUCUCCAACAAUCCACCUGUGACGUCGCAAUACACGUUGCAGUCCGCUUCACAGUACGUGCCGCCCCCAGCUCAAUACGUGGCGCCGCCAGUGCCUAAUCAGCAACUUCAGCAAGCGCAAGCUGCGGUCUAUUCGAGUCCGCCGCCUCAAGGUGGGCCGUCUGCUCCGCCGCCUACAGCUCAUCCAGGUCAUUUGCAGUAUUUUGGUGCGCCUCAGGUUGCUAUUGGCCAGGCACCGCCUCAAGCUGCUAGACCUAUGCCGCAGCAUAUGUACCCUCAACCACCGCCAGGUAUGUCCCCUCAUCCACAACAAGCCUUCAUCCGACCCCAUCGACCCCAACAACUAAAUCAGACGCAACUGCGUUAUUUGUUGACUGCGUACAGGGUGGGCAUGUUGGCAUUGGACACGUUGGCCAGAAGAGUCCAUGAUGACAGACCUCAGGCGAAAUAUGCCCGAAACCCCCCUUACGGUGAAGAUGUUAAAUGGCUGUUAAGAAUCUCAAAGAAUUUAGGCACGCACCAUCUUCAUCAUUUCUGCGUAUGCGCAGUCAACUCUAUUGUGAGUCCCUUUGUGUUGCACGACGUGGCCAUAGAGGCGGCUCAGCACCUAUCCAGGAACAAUCCCGGGCUUGUUAUGCAACAUUUACGCACAGCUUUGAUGCCUUUAGUUAGCAAGUGUCAUCAAAUGUAUAUUCAGUGUAUGCACCAAAAGUUAUAUCACUUGACGACUGCCGACUACGAAGACUUUGUUAGUAUAGUUUUAGCUGCGAGAGCCGCAUUCCAAAUUACCCCCGAAGGUAACGUACAGUUUAAAGAAUGGCUAUCAUCGAUUCGAAGAUCGAAAUCUUGCAAAAAAGAUCUGUGGCAACAAAUCAAUCAGGCCUUGCAAGCGAAUUCCAAAUGACAAAGGCCCGACUUAGUGACGCAAACUAAUAAUUGUACAUUUCGUAGACUUUCACUUACAGAUUCCGAAACUAUGGACCUGGCCCUCCCUCAGACGACGACGCUCCGCCCGGUCGUUUAUCUAGACCUCGACAACGUCGAAAAUCAGCAUUUAGUGGAAAACGGACAACUAAUGUCGGUUGCAAAUAGUCCGAGUUUUAUUCAAGAGUCGAUUGAGGCACCUAUAAUGGUUCCUGUUGCUUUUGAUAACAACUCGCGAAUUUCUUUGCCUCCUGGUUUAAGUAUGCCUCCAAGGUUUAUGUCUGAGCUUGAUUAUGGGAAUUUUCCUUGUGUUUUGACACCUCAAGGUCACCCUUUGGCUAUUAGGCAUCCUAUUACGGCUGAAACUGCUUACGUGUUACCACCCCAGCAACAUAUUGUAGCUGAUGAGGCGAAUUUAUUAAUGCAACCGGCAGUAGUAGAAAAUUACAGGCUGAGAAAACUCAAUCCUGCUGAAGAAAAUGUGGAAGUUGAUCCAAGAUUGAGGUUUGUAAGACUAGACGGAGCGAGCGUUUCAGGCUUGAGAUUUCGAACGAAUAGGGAUGAGAAUAAAGAUUUCCCUAACAGCUGAUUUAAAUUAGUUUAAAAAAAACAAAACAAAGCAAUAUUUGCUGAUAAGAUUUAAUUAGUGCUUAUUUUAAAUUAUUUGAAAGGCUGUUUGUAGAAUUAUUUUGGGAUUUUACAAAUAGUCUUAUGAUGCAACUUAAUAGUCAAAUAGGAAAUAAGUUAAAUAGGAUUUUGCACCACACAAAUUAUAGUGAUAAAAGUUUGAAAAUGGUAUCUAAAAAAUAUACAUAAUUUCCUUCUUAAGACGACAUAUCAACUUUGAUAAGCAUUAAUUAAACGAAGUAAAUGUAGGUUAUCAGAAAAAAAACCUAUAGAGGGCGCUAUAGACUUUUUUUUUAAUUGAUUAUUAGUUUAAUUUGAACAAUUUUUUUUAAUUGUUUAUAGGUUAAAUUAGUUUUAUUUAUAUUUUAGUUAAAUUAAUAUUACAUAGCCAAUUUUAUUGAAUAUUAUACAAAUUAGUUUUAUUCAUCUUUCGUAAAAGCUUCUACGUGUUUUUAUAUUUUAAAUUUUUAUUUUAUUUUUUUAAAUUUUAUCAGUGUGACAUGCAUUAAACUGCAACUAUCCCAAGCAAAAUUCUACACUAAACAUUAUAGAAUCUAGAAAAUCAACUUCUAUACCGCCUCUGUGGGGCAAGUUUUGAACAAAAUAUAUUUUAAACAUUUUUCUUUUAGUGUAAUUCUGUUUAUAUUCCAAUAUAAAAGGGUAUUAAACAUUUUUCUGGAUAUUAUUUUGUUGUAUGCCUUUUUGUACAAGAAAGUGACAAGUUUGUUAAAAUUGUUUCAAAUUUUCAUCUGACAUUCUUUUUUAGAAUUAUCUUAUUUCUGGAGCAGUUUUUUAGGGUAUGGAUGAAUUAUAUUUUUUUUUCAAUUAUUGUAAAUACUAUUAACAUUUAAAGGAAAAUUGAAGUAGUUUAUAUUAACAAGAAAAAUGAGAUACCAUAUUCAAACAGGAUAUAUGUAUAAUUCAAAAAGCAGCAACAGAAGAUAAACAAACCAUCCCCAUUUUCAGAAUAUAUCGGCAGUUUUUUCUCUUGUAAAUCAAUUAUUUACAGAGUGUAAAAAAUAAAAAGAAAUAAAGCAUACAUUAGAGUUAAUAGUGUCUGAAAAUAUUUCAACAAAACUCAUUAAUAAAAUAACUUUGUCCACCAAUUGAAAUCAAUAGGAUCAUUAGACAUUGUUUAUUAAAGAUAAACAUCUGUUUUACCUAAAUUAUGCUUUGGAAAAAUCAUCUCUUUCUUUUUACACCCUGUACAUAAAUAUCAACAAACCAAAUCCAAUUGUUUCUAAUAUUAUUAUAGUAUUUCAUUAGAAAAAAUAUUUAAAGAAAACAAAUUUAACAUUUAAGGACUGAUUAAAAAAGACAAUUUUUAUGAAUGACAUUAGUUAUUAUUAAGGAACGAAAAGGCUAACUAAAUGUUAAAUUUGAAAGGGUAGUGUAGAAUAUUUAUAUGGUUGUGUUCAAAAAAAUAAUGUCAAAUGUGUAUUAAGUUUGGUUUUUUCAUGACGAGUAUUAUAAAACUAUUUUGACAGAUAACUAACAGUUAACUUCUGGAAUAACUAUGACAAGUAACAUUAUUUCAGAAGUUAUUCUUACAAAAUAGUUUUAUAAUACCCACCCUUAGACAAUUAAUUGUCACCCUCAUUCCCUCACACUGAUUUGUUAUGUUUUAGUCUCUGCUAUAUUUUGAGUUUAAAUUUCAAGAUUUAAACUCAAAAUACUUUUUAAGAGUUUGUCCAUUCCCUCCCUAGUUUUUAGUUUAAAAAUAUGGGGAUAUUUAGGUCAAAUAUAAAAUGAUCUCUAAAGCUGUAUAAAUUUAUUGGAAGCAUGCUCGGUUGGCUUCAAGGAUCACUCACUAUCUAAAAGAAUAUUUAGAAAUUGAAGUAUGGUUCAUUGGCAAAAUUGGCUCAAUGGCGUACUUUUCAUUUUGUAAAACAAAACAUUGUGCCUUGAAAUUUCGUACUUUACCUUUUUUUCCCUGUCUAAAGUAUUAUCUCACAUAAAAUAAGGUGACUCGUCCGUGAAGCUAACCUCCACACUACUUGUAGCUCAUUAUUAUCUGUUUUUUUUUUUUUACUGUGCUUAUUUUUUUGGAAAACUAUAAGCGUUAACUAUACUGUGAAUAUUAUUAGAAUACAUUUUUAGUUUAAUUUUCAAUAUUAUAUUAUAUUUUUUAUACACUGAUGAUGUGCGUGAAGUGUGAAAGUUAUUUGGAAAAUCGCUUCAUUUUUUUUUUCUUCUUUUUUUUGAAUGCGGUAAGACUUCUUUUUUUUUUUGUAGUGUUACAAUUACAUAUUAUUAUUCAUAUUGUUAUUGUCCAUUGUACUCUUAAAUUCAUAAAUAAAAAAAAAAAUACAUUUUUUCUUAUCAAUAUUUGAAUUUGUCUUUAGAUAAAAUAAACUCCUGAACAAAAC